AGGAGAGGAAGAGAAGAAGACAGAAGCCUGAAGAGACUGACAGAGAGUGUCAGAGAGAGGUGUGACAAGUAGAGAAAUAAUCGUUUUUGAGUCAAGUCAGGGAGAGGAGGCAGGGAGAGCUCAGAGAGAGAGCUGUCCAAAGAAGUGGAAGAGAGAUCAACAGGCAAAAAAAACUUGGUGAGAAAACAAAAAACAGCCAUCUACAAUCGGUUUGAGUGGGUUAAAAGGUACAACUGCCGUACAGUACUGUACUCGACAGCCGGAUCUGACCAGAACUAGCAUCGCCAUGGUGACCCUGGACACGCGGACCCUGACGGUGCCCGUGGGCAUCGUGAGAAUGCUGGAGGUGGUCCUCACCUGUAUCUCCUUCAGCCUGGUGGCCUCGUUGGGUCACAUCGACUCAUCCUACUGGGCCUGGUGCAUGUUCACCUGGGUCUUCUGUUGCUUCGUCACCCUCCUCAUCCUCAUCAUGGAGUUCACCACCCUCCAUGCCCGGGUGCCCAUCUCCUGGGACGACUUCACCACCGCCUUUGCCAUGCUGUCCACGCUCAUGGUGCUGGCUGCCUCCAUCAUCUACCCCACCUUCUUCACCUGUGCCUCAUGCGGGAUGCAGAUCGCCGCCACCGUCACUUCCUGUCUGGCCUUCGUCUUGUACACCACGGAGGUAGGCCUGACCCGGGCCAAACCCGGCGAGAUCAGCGGGUUCCUCUCCACCGUCCCGGGCCUCCUCAAGGUCCUCGAGGCCUURGUGGCCUGCAUCAUCUUCAUCUCUCUGGACCAUAGGCUCUACUCGCUGUUUCCAGGGCUCCAGUGGUGCGUGGCGYUCUAUUCGCUGUGUUUCAUCUUCGCCCUCAUCAUCAUCCUCUUUACUAUCUGCCGCCUGCUGUCGCUCUUCCCGUUCCCGUUCGACAAGGUGCUGACGGGCUACAACGUGCUGGCCGUGCUGAUGUACAUGACGUGCGUGGUGAUAUGGCCUCUCUAUAGCUUCCAGAACAACCACAGCAGACCAAGCUGGUGUGGCCGCACCUCGUACUGGGAUAACCAGGUCGUAGUGGCGUUCAUGACCUGUUUCAAACUUGUGGUUUACAUUGUGGACACGGUCUACUCUUUCAAGCUGGUGUUCUUCGUCACCCCGGCUUAGGACAAAGGUCAAAGGUCACCCACCUUACCCAACCUGAGAACUGGCCUGAAAACACAGUGCCGGAUCUUAAACAAUAGACUGGUAGAAUGUCUCUGUAUGGUGGAUAAUGACCGUUUUACUUGGCAAGAUUACAUUUUUCAUUAUCAUUCACAUAAUGCUUCUUCAUGGAUAAAAUGGGGUUAUAAUACUGCUAGCAAUUCACAAACCAUGAGGUGGAUAAGAAUGUCUGAAUGCUUGGAUCCGUACGUAGAUUCAAUGUAUAUUUUGUCUUCCGUCUUUAAAAUACACAAGGAACUAUGCAGUGCGCCCUAUGCAGUCCACAUGGGCUGUAAUCAAAGUGAAUAGAGAGAUCAAAGAGCUGUUCUUGAUAUGUUCAUUUUAUUCUCUUAUUCUGUUCUCUAUUUCAUCUCUGUCUCUCUGGCCUUGAUUCAAUCAGUUCAGCGUUAACCCGGAUAACCAACAACUGCAUAGCAGAAUCAUUGUUUUUACUGAUUUGACAGCUCCAACGAUGUUACACCUUAUGGCCCAAA